AGCCCAAUGGAACCGUAUAAUUUAACAGUUACACUGGAAUUCAUUUUUCUUGGUCUCUCAGAGGACCCAGAACUACAACCCAUUUUAUUUGCACUAUUCCUGCUCAUAUACCUCCUCACUGUGCUUGGAAAUAUGCUCAUCGUCUUGGCCAUCAGCUCUGAUUCCAAACUCCACAGCCCUAUGUACUUUUUUCUCUUUAAUCUUUCACUGUCCGACAUGGGCUUCAGCAGCACCACCAUCCCCAAAAUGCUGAUAAACUUGCAGACCUCUAACAAAUCCAUAACUUAUGCAGCCUGCCUAACUCAGGUGUUUUUCUUUAUCCUUUUUGGGUGUAUGGACAGCCUACUACUGACUGUGAUGGCCUAUGACCGAUGGGUAGCCAUUUGUCGCCCUCUACAUUACCAAGUCAUUCUAAACCCUCGCAUGUGUAGAUGUUUGGUCACUGUUUCAUUUUGUAUCAGUCUCAUAGAUUCACAGAUACACUUCUUGAUGGUUUCACAACUAAAAUUUUGCACUAACAUGGAAAUUCCUCAUUUCUUCUGUGAUGUUCCAGAGCUUGUAAAACUUGCCUGUUCUGAUAUUUCUAUCAAUAAUUUAUUCAGGUUUCUCUUAAGCAUCAUUUUUGCUUUUCUCCCUGUCUCAGGAAUCUUUUAUUCAUACUAUAAAAUUAUUUCAUCCAUUGUUAGAGUUUCAUCAUUGUUGGGGAAAUAUAAAGCAUUCUCUACCUGUGGAUCUCACCUCUCAGUUGUUUGCUUAUUUUAUGGAACGGGUCUUGGUGCAUACCUUAGUUCAUCUAUUACUAGUUCAACCAGAAAAAGUAUGCUUGCUUCAGUAAUGUAUACCAUGAUAGUUCCCAUGAUGAACCCCUUCAUCUAUAGCCUGAGAAACAGGGAAAUAAAGAAAUCCCUCCAAAAAUUUAUCAGUUGA